UUUUCCGCUCGAUCCGCUGAGGGUUGUCGACAAGCAACAAGUUUGGGACGCAGUCGGGGGGGGAAGGAAACAAAAACUGGCGAUGUUUUAAAUGAACAUUGAAAAAAAAACAGUUUAAUGGAAAGUUUUUAUUUUAAAUCUAUUCUGAAAUUCGAUUAGUAUUUCAGACAGAAUUCGGACUUAAUUUUUAAAAAAAUCUCCGGAGGUGGAAGUGUUGAAUUUUCCCGAGAGGAGGAGAAACUAUAAUUUAUGCGAGAGGUUUGAUGUAACUGCGUUUCCUCUAGUUCUUGUCCCGAAGUUGGUGUUACUGGUUUACUUUGAACCCGUUCACUUUGUGUCAUGCCUACCAGAAUGGAUGACAACAUGGAGUAUGGAACAGGUGACUCGAUCAAAGUGAAAGCUCAUUACAAUGGGGACAUACUCAUCACAGACCUUGAUCCUGCAAUCACUUAUGAUGGAAUGUGUUCUGAAGUGAGGGAUAUGUGCAGUUUACAACAGGAUCAGCCUAUAACACUGAAGUGGAUUGAUAAUGAAGGGGACCCAUGCACUGUUUCAUCCCACAUGGAACUGGAGGAAGCAUUUCGUCUGUAUAACCAGAAUGGAGAAUCGGGCCUCAAUUUGCAUGUUUUUCCCAGCAUUCCUGAAAUGCCAGGCAUGCCCUGCCCUGGAGAGAACAAAUCAAUUUAUAGGCGUGGGGCUAGAAGAUGGCGGAAGCUUUACCGUGUGAAUGGACAUCUCUUUCAGGCCAAACGAUUUAACAGGAAGGCCUACUGUGGACACUGCAGUGAAAGGAUAUGGGGUCUAGGCAGGCAGGGCUACAAGUGUAUCAACUGCAAAUUGUUGGUCCAUAAGCGCUGUCACAAACUUGUUCCUCUGACCUGCCAAAGGCAUAUGGAUCCGGUCAUGCCGUCCCCCGAACCUCCACUUGAUGACAAGACUGAUGAAGUUGACAUCCCUUCAGAAGAACCUGAUGGAAUUGUACCAUUCCUGCCACAUAGUCGGACUAAAUUAGACAGGGUCACAGAUGACUCAGAGGAUCUCAAACCAGUGGUUGAUGGUGUUGAUGGAAUCAAGAUUUCUUCAGUGCUAGGUUUGCAAGAUUUUGACCUUAUACGAGUCAUUGGACGUGGCAGCUAUGCUAAAGUUCUCCUUGUACGCUUGAAGAAAAAUGACUGUAUUUAUGCAAUGAAGGUGGUAAAGAAGGAACUGGUCCAUGAUGAUGAGGAUAUCGAUUGGGUACAAACAGAAAAACAUGUGUUUGAACAGGCCUCUAGUAAUCCAUUUCUGGUUGGUCUUCACUCAUGUUUCCAAACAGAAAGCAGGCUGUUUCUGGUUAUAGAAUACGUCAAUGGUGGUGACCUCAUGUUUCAUAUGCAACGGCAGAGGAAACUUCCUGAAGAACAUGCUAGGUUCUAUGCUGCCGAAAUAUGUAUUGCUCUCAACUUCCUUCACGACAGAGGAAUCAUUUACAGAGAUUUGAAAUUGGACAAUGUUCUCUUAGACUCUGAUGGUCACAUCAAGUUAACAGAUUAUGGAAUGUGCAAGGAAGGACUUGGCCCUGGUGACACUACCAGCACUUUCUGUGGCACACCCAAUUAUAUAGCACCUGAAAUAUUGAGGGGAGAAGAGUAUGGUUUUAGUGUAGAUUGGUGGGCACUUGGCGUAUUGAUGUUCGAAAUGAUGGCUGGAAGAUCACCAUUUGACAUCAUCACUGAUAAUCCGGACAUGAACACAGAGGAUUACCUGUUUCAAGUUAUUUUGGAGAAGCCCAUUCGGAUCCCUCGAUCACUUUCGGUAAAAGCAGCCAGUGUCCUAAAGGGAUUUUUAAAUAAGGACCCUAAAGAGCGACUUGGGUGUCAUUCGCAGACUGGAUUUGCUGACAUCCAGGCUCACACCUUUUUCCGCAGCAUAGACUGGGAUCUGUUGGAGAAGAAGCAGGUGACUCCUCCAUUUAAACCACAGAUCACUGAUGACUACGGUUUAGAAAACUUCGAUACUCAGUUUACAAGUGAACCUGUGCAGCUCACACCAGAUGAUGAAGAUGUAAUAAAAAGAAUUGACCAAUCGGAAUUUGAGGGGUUUGAAUAUAUUAACCCUUUGCUGAUGUCAUCAGAGGAAACCGUAUGAACAAGCAGCAUUUGAAAAGCGGGAUUGUUUUGCCUAGUUUAUCAAAGGUCGGCUUCAAUGAGCCACGGACUCAACUUCGACUCUUUCUGGUUGGUGACUUUUUCCUAACCUACAUGCAUGCAAGGUUGUGGAUCUGUUGCAAGUUUUCCAAGAGCACUGCAAACCAUGGUGACUGCUGCUGAGCAAUGAAAGUUAUUUCAGUGGUAGUUUUCCACAAACAGCCACAGUUUCUCCUUAUUUACUGGACAUUGAUUCAACUGGCAUUUUGUUAGUGAAAGGAAGACUGCCUGAUCCGUGCCUGCUUUCAUGAAGGAAUUCUCUUUUCAUUCCCUCAAAACAAGGAAUUAUAUGAUGGCUUCUAUGAAGGAACUCGGAGACACUGCACUUUCUCUCUCUUUAUAAGUAGACAUUCAGAGGUUUGACCUCAAGAGAAAGAAUGUACAAUACUAUAUUAUUUAAGAACAGUAGUAUGGGUAACUACACCUUAACCUGUGAUUGCCUUUGAACAACUGGCUAAUGUGAUUUACAAACCACUGGCUCUAGCCUAUACAUAAGCAAUAAUAAACAAGAAAUCUGUGUUUUAUUGGUGAAUAAUGUACACUUAGAUAAAUCUGGUGUAAUGUUGUGCAGUACAGAGAAAUAAUCCAGAAAUACUUUAUUAGCCACUGAAUCACAGCUUCUCGUUAAUUGCUGCUAUAUUAUAUAAUGCCAUGGAACAGCUGGACUUUAAACAAAAAAAAUGUUUUUGUUUUAUUGACUAUACAGUAGUGUGGCACAGCUAUAAGUGACUUAAGUGUUCAUGAUUAUUCAUCCAGUUUUUUUUAAGCUGCGCUUGUAGAUUGCAACUAAAUCAAUACUCCAGUAUGUUUUUAGCUAUUUGUUUGACUUAACCAAACAUCACUUGUUGGAACUUGUCUUCAUUUAGUUCUGUGAUUAAGUGUGGGAUUUGUGGCUUGCAAAGAAAUGCAGAAUGUAGUAGCAUACGUUCUUCUCCCAAAAAAGUACAUUAAACAUGACAACAGGCGAUUGUUUGUAUUAGAAAUGGUUACACUGCUUUAUACUGCAUUUUAAAAGCUGUAAGUAGUACAGGCCAUCUUUUAACCCUAGAAUCAAUGUCGCUACUAAUGCCAAUUAAUGAGCACUUGGAAAGUUAGUCUAAAACCCCAAUUUCUAGAUUUCCGGCUACCAAUAAACCAGCAAAGGAAAGAGGUUUCAUUUUUGUACCCAACAUCUUGUCCAAAAAGCCAUAAAAUGUCAAAUUGGAUUUAUUCCAUCACCAACUUUUUACAUUCUCCAUAUUUAUGUACAGCUUUUUAAAUUAAAAUAUGGCCUGUAAUUCGGAAAUUAGGGUACUCCAUGGGUGGUUUCCAAAGAUUGUUUUGAGACAGUGAAGUGCCUAAAUAAGUUCUCUGACCAGGUCAGAUAUGUAUUCUAUUUAAGAUUAGUUAUAGCCAGAAUACAGGAUAGCAAUCUACAGGGAUGUAGGAAAGAACAAAAAAAUCAGUACUGUUGGAUGUGGAAUUGAGACAACAAUGUACAUACUUUAUUUGGAACUUAUAUUUGAAGUGGUGUAAUCUGCUUCUUUCUGAAAGGAGAGGGAGGGUCAUAGCCCCUGAAUCAUAUGUGUAAGUGGACAAAAUAUUCAUAUUUUUGUGUUCUUUAUUACCCGGCCACCCUGAAAAAAGAUAAAAAUAAGCCCUUGUUGUAGUUGGUAAAUAGCUGGUUAGUUUGAGCAUUCUGUAGUAUGAAAGCAUCUAACUAAUUACAACAUUAUUACUAUAUAGAAAUUAUGAAUUCAGUCUUUUUUAUUGUGGGUUGAAACCUACUGCCUUGAAUUGAUUUCAGUCUAAUUUAACCCUUCAAUCACUGAAUGGGUGUAAGAAACUCCCAGAACAGUGCUAAUAAAAUUCUCUUAAUGUUGCGGGUUUUUUUGUCUGUUAAUUGCGGAUUUGUUUUCUCUCUCAUUCUGCUCUUUUUUCUAGAUUUGCUGUAUUUCUGUUGUUCUUCACAAAUGUGCAAUGCUGUUUAAUCAAUAAAAAAUCUAUUGGAUGGACUGAAGCCUUGUCUUCAAGCCAGCUUGAGCACAGUUUGCUCAACCCUAAAUCUAGAUUUCUAGCAGGCGAUGGAAUUAGUGCAUGCAUUUUCACCUACUCCCUUCUAUUUAAACCAAAUGAUCCAUGGCAUUAUGUACAAUGGCUGGUACUGCACAGAUCUUAGCCAAUCAGAUUUUAACCAUCUGAUCUACAACAUUACCUAAUGUUAAGCCAGCUGCCAAUUUUGGGUGUCUAUAUACAGAUUGAAUUAUAAAGCAGUGGUUUCUUUCUAUUGCCAAAUACACCUCCAUUUGCAAGUUCAUUCCUCUCCAUUUUUGCUAUGUAAGUGUCUGUGCGUGUCAUUAAGACUGAUUAUAUUGUGCUGAGGGGAAAAAAAAUUAUAUUUUAAGUAUUCCAAUUUUUAAAUUUGAAAAUUAUGAAGGAUGUGAUCUAAAUGUGUGCUAAUAUGUUUCCAUGGUCAGGCUGAAUGGAUAUAUGAUCUCCAAAGGCAAUACUGAUUAAAAAGGUGAGAUUGUAUUUGGUGUUCAAUCAGAGCAAAUUCUGGGAAGAGUUUUGCAUUUAUCCUUACUUCUCUUUUCAAUGACUAUAAAAAUAUAAACAAUAACAAACAAGCACAGAGCCAAGGCUACUUGGACUCCAAAUUCUAUUUAAAAACAUUUUUCCUAAACAGAAAAUGCUGGAAUGCACAGAAAAUAAAGUCAGCAUUUGAAAGAGAGAAACCUUUUAAUAUUUCAGGUAUGACCCUUAAUUUACAUGGAAUGAUUAUCUUCUGUGGCAAAGAUCAUUCACAGUAGGGCCAUCUUCAGUAUGAAAAUAUGGGCUAACCCAUCAGGAAAACGUUAAUAAAAUGUAACAAGUAUCUGACUGGACCACAUACGUCGUAGCCAGGACUCCCAUUAGGCCUACCAAAUUUGCAGACCAAAUUAAUUUUCUUCCUCCAUAUGCAAUUCACUUGCAACCCCUCUCCCCAACCCGGAACCCUGCAUUUUCUUCCUAUCCAGCUAAGAAAAAUCACAACUGUUCAACUUACUGCACCAAAAACCUACAAAUUAUUUCCGUUACCACCUCUUGGUUAAAUAAAGCUAGUAUUGGCAGUGCCAUAAAUCAGGGGAGUGUCACCUGGUUCACAUCAUACCUUUGAGUGGCUAUGGAGUAGUUGCCAUUUAUUUUUUUAUCCCCUAAGAAAACUUAAGUCCUGAAAGGUGCACUGGUGCAAGCAUUGCCUCUUGCGUCAGUCAUAUGAAUUCCAUAGUCAACUUUUUAAAAAAAUAUAAAAAUCUAAGCACAGAAAGGUGGCCACUUUGGCCCGUUUCGUCUGUCUCUCUGCUAGUUCCACUCCAAAGCUAUCUACUCCAAAUCAAUGGGAAGUUUUUCUUUACCUACCAUAUCUAAACCUACCAAUCUUAUACAUUUCUAUCAGAAUUCCCCUCAAUCUUUGUUCCAAGGAGAACAACCCCAGCUUCUCCAACCUAACCUUGUAGCUAAACUGCCUCAUUCCUGAAACCAUUUUGGUAAAUCACCUCUGCACCUUUUCAAGGAUCCUCGUGUUCUUAUCUGAAGUGUGGUGACCAGAACUGGACACAAUACUAUAAUUGAUCAUUGGAUAUUGCACCCAUCCGCCCCCAUAAACUAUAUGUCAUUGCUCCCAUGUGCCUAUUUUCUUAAAUGCUCAUCUGAACUAAAUAAACUGUUAUGCCACUAAAAUCUGAGAGCUUCCAUUUUGCUAGUGAUCAUUUAUCACAAUGAGUAAUUGUGUGCAAAUUAUUUAGGAGGUGGUGGAAAUAGAAGGGAAAGUGUUGCGAGAGAAAUAAUAAAGCUGUAGCUUGGUCUGUCCCAAACUGCUACCAAGAUCUUAGCUUUCCCAGCUGUAUACAAUUCAUUUUAGCAAAUUCUCAAUUUGUAUCCUCUCUUCAGAACAUAUUGUGUGGAAAACUGCAAAGGGAGACUGCCUAAGGAAAAAUAAAUCAGUUUGGUCUGACCUGUAAAAAGUUAAUACAAUUCUGGUGCAAGUAUACAGUGGUCUAACUUUGAUUAGUCCUUAAUGACAAAUUAGAGCUAAUUUACUGAUUGUAAAAUAGUGAGAUGUUCAUUGUAGUUAUUUUGUAUAUGGCAAUUGAUUUAUGGGUGUGAAUUGUACUGUUCUUGCC